CUGACGCCAUCAACACGCGUCCGUCCCACUCCUCGCUGUGGCUCAGGAAGAAAAAUGUGGCCGAAGCGACCCGAGGAAUAAAAGUUGGUUUGGAAUCGUCUUUGAUUUGAAUUUCGUCGACGUGGAAACGGAAGAAAAGAAAUUUGAGUGAAAAAUGCGUUCCUUCAAAAAAAUUCCCGACAGGUGGCUGGACUACAAGGCGGUGGGCAAGCGACUGGGCACCACUCGAUUUGUGGCCUUCAAAGUUCCUCUCAAGCAGGCGCUGACCCGAGAUAUGGCGCCCGCUCAGGCCUUUGGACCGAAGGAGCUGCUGGACGUCAUGCGGGAAGACCAGCAAGAACUGGGCCUCAUCAUCGACUUGACCUACACCACGCGCUACUACUCGCCGCAGGAGCUCCCCAACUCGUUGAGCUUCAUCAAGAUCCCCACGGCGGGUCACGUGGUCCCCGCCGACAGCGUGGUGGUGACCUUCAAGAGAGCUGUGCGCCAAUUCCUGCGAGACAACGCCUGCAACGACAAGCUGAUUGGCGUCCACUGCACGCACGGACUCAACCGCACCGGCUACAUGAUCUGCAGGUAUCUGAUCGAGGUGGACAAGAUGGCUCCCACCGAGGCCAUCAGACUGUUCAACUCAAGUCGCGGUCACAACAUCGAGAGACAAAACUACAUUGAGGACCUUCAGAGCAGACCUAAGAGCAACACGAUCACGGGCAUGGCCAGUCGUCCGCCACCGUCGGUGCGAGGUCGAGCCGGCCAUUGGACGCCGGCCGCGCCUGGAGACGCACAUUGGAGUGGUGCAGGCCACAACCACGGGUUUUGUCCGCCAAGAGCCCAAAGGCAACAACCGUACCCGGGCCGCCCCCAAUACGACCCCAAGCAUUACGGGCCCCCAAGAAGCGGAGGCCCCAAUGCCUUCCCGCCCGCACAUGCCGCCGGCAAAUCCAACGGACGGGGGUGGCCCCGCGGCGCCAACCGGCGGGGUCGGCACGCAAGCGCUUCGGGUCGCCCAUUGGCCGCCCAGCCCCGCUACAACUCCUCCUCCUGCUGGACUGGCACUUUUGGACUGUGAAAAGCAUCUUAAAUUCUGGCCCAGUGGAGGAUUGAUGUUGGAAUGUUUGUUAUUGUGCAAGGUGGUAAUGUCGAAUAUGUCUGAGUGCAAUUUUUAACGGAAACAUGUGAGUUAUGGAGACUUUUGGAAUGUGGACAAUUGGAACGCAUCCACGGCUCUGGGAUUUUUCCUUUCCCAGAACUGAAGGUGGCUUGACACUCUAAGAAAAUCAAAUAAAAUGCCCACUUAAGACCCCCAGCCAAGUGGGGCUCAAGAGAUUUUUCAGACGGAACCAUAA